CAAGUGCAAACCUCCAUCUGCCAGCACCUUAGUGGCUUCAGCUGGAGCUGGCAGCACUUUGUGGGAGUUUUGGAUUUUCAUGGCGCGAUUUUAAUUACUGAUCAGCAUCACGGCAUCCACUCAAGGAUGGACCCAGCAGGACUCGGGCGGCUGUGGAGGCCCGCAGCCCAAAGGCGAGUGCGGACGGCGUUUUCGUCCAUCGCCAGCGCUCGCGCUGAUUGGGCCAAGGCCUCUUCUCGGGGGCUUGCAGCGGCCACAGCUCUAGUGAAUGCUCACAUCACAAAAGGGUUCAUCGGUGGCAUGGAUAUUGGCAUUCUGGCUGACCUGAAGGGCAUCAAGGACUCAGCAAAGAUGAAAUUGAGGCAGCGACAGGAGAAACAUCUCGCGAAUGUUGUGGAAGCUUAUGAGGAGCUGGUCAGAACGCUGUCACAGAUGGAGGAAGCUGCGAGCUCGAUGCGCACCUACUUGGUAGCUCCUAAUGGGAGUCCAAUUGUGCGGGUGGCAAAUGCGGAAGAGAGCAAGCUGGCGGAAGCUGCAGGGGACAACGGGUUAGGCCAAGGGGUUCCGGUUUACGCCUGCUUAUCGCUAAAAACUCUAGAAUCGCUGGCAAUGGAGAUGGUGGAGUUCUAUAAGCAGGAGCUGCACGUUAAGUUCUUGUUGACGUCGGAAUUCCAGGCCCUGGUUCAUGGAACCCCGGAAUCGUCCAGCGAUGAAGACUCCGCCGGCGUAGCUCGAGCAAGUGGACGAGCCGUCUCGGAGACUACGCUCCAGGUGUACCUAACGGCAUGGCUUGGGGAGGCCCUGCUCGACAAAUCAAGGCUGGACGAGAUCGUCGGCAUCAUGUCUGAGGAGAUGCAGGCGGCCUAACUAGCGGCGGCGCAGAAUCGUCACUGCAGAUGCCGGCUGGAGUUGCUUCUACCUAUGCACUCACGGGAAUAAGCGGCGCCUUUCACUUGGUCUGCCGAUCCUUAUCCCGCCGCAUGCUGCCCUUGCCUCCGCCGCGACCAGGGAACCGCAGCCGAAGCCUCGCUUGGGAUUAGAGUUCAGGGAUUGGACUCCCCGUUGCACUUGAUGCUGAGCGGCAAAGGAGCGCGCGCCCAUGCACUCCUAGAUUGAACGCGGUCAGAAUCUCCUUCAGCUGGGCCUGCUUGCCGGGCGCCUUGACCUGUUCACUGGAGAUGGAAUGGAGCUCUAAAGUCUCAAAUAGCUUCUGAAACAAGUCACUGACGAGAUUCUUCAUGUAGGAGAUGUCCACCUUCAAAUCUGCAAAGAGCUGCUACAUAUAGCUGCUAGCGAAGGUGUGUGUCCUUCGCCAUCCUUAUGGAGGCACACAAGCAGCCCUGGCCUAGCCCCGGCACACGUUGGAACGUGGCCGGAGUAGUGGGGCCAGUCAAACCUUGGUCGGGAUUUAAUCUUCACAGUCGGUUCAAAUUUUGGUACAAGACAGAACAUUGAAUCGGAUAGCGUGUGGUCAGCAGCCGGUGUAAUGGGUCUUGCGGGGGGGUCCGACCCUCUGGAAAGAAUGGCUUUCAGGAGCUCGGGGUUCGCCUCCCAAGACCCACCUUGAUGACCGUAAGAGAAUAGGGAAGGCUAAAAAGUGCCCGGUACAAGUACCGGGUAGCAGCAACUUUUCGCGCGUCCUUGCACCGUAAAUUGAUUGCAAAAGUCCGGACUUGAACUCAUACAAUUCGAGCUCCUAGUCACUUUAGACUAAUGUAGCACACGAUGAUUCGGUAGAGUAGCUAGGCGUUCAGAACUCAAACAUUCAAGUUGAUUCGCAUGUAUGCUAUGGAAGCCUAUGGCCCAUGUGGCUACGGCGUUUUGAAAAGAGAACAUCACCGAC